GCGAUGGCCAUCGCAGUUUGCCUUCCCCUGAGCUCGAGCCAUGGACCGAGGCCGCAAAGCACUGCCAACGCUGAACAAGCACACGGACUCCAAGUUCUACAACCGGUGCCAGUUGAUCCACAAGCAGAAGCUCAAUACGAUCAAGAGUACAAUCGACAACAGCGAACCAACACGACCAGCCCACCUGCGCAAGAAUCUCAAGAAAGAACAGAUGAAAGAAGAGCGGUAUGCCACAAUCGAGCGUGAGAAUCGAAUCUUGCUAGAAAAGAUGAGCUUCAUCAUGCAGCACGACACACUCGACAACAAGAACGAGUCGCUCAAACAUGGACACAGUCUGAACAAAGAGCAGCGCAAGCGCGAGUUGCAGCGCAUCACGGCCGAAAACCAGGCUAUCUUGCGACGCAUCCAGACUAGACAGCCCACGUACGACCAUGUCCAGUGGGAAGAAGAAGCGCGACUCCACGAAAAGUAUGCCCAGAACAUCCGAGAAUAUCCUGAAAGCGCCGUAUCGUACGAGAGCGGGGAGUACGCCGAAGAGGAAGGGUCGCCAACGUCGCGAUUGCGCUACAACACGUCUGCAGGCUCGAUUUAGACAUUGUCACUAGCAUAGGAUGCAUAUCCAUCUCGAAAUCCUUGCAAUAGAAUACUUAUCACCACUGCACA